UUCGCCCCUCGGAGCUGGAAAUGCAACUCUUGGAAUCUUUGGAGGCUACGGAGCUGGAGGCGGAGGCGGCUGGGGAGGUCCGAGCGAUGUGACCGGGCCGCCAUCGCUCGUCUCUUCCUCUCUCCUGCCGCCUCCUGUCUCCGAAAUAACUUUUUUACUCUAAAGCAAGGGGAAAAAAAGUAGCCGUCCGCCCCUCACACCCUCCCUUCCUCUCAGCCCUCUGGUCUGUGAGGGAGCCCGGGGUGGCCGCUCCGCCGUCGGGGCCGAGCCCCGGCCGCCCCGGGCCGCCCCCGCCCGCCGCCCCCAUGCAUCCCUUUUACACCCGGGCUGCCACCAUGAUAGGCGAGAUCGCCGCCGCGGUGUCCUUCAUCUCCAAGUUCCUCCGCACCAAGGGGCUCACGAGCGAGCGACAGCUGCAGACCUUCAGCCAGAGCCUGCAAGAGCUGCUGGCAGAACAUUAUAAACAUCACUGGUUCCCUGAAAAGCCGUGCAAGGGAUCAGGUUACCGUUGUAUUCGCAUCAACCAUAAAAUGGAUCCUCUGAUUGGACAGGCAGCACAGCGGAUUGGACUGAGCAGUCAGGAGCUGUUCAGGCUUCUCCCAAGUGAACUCACACUCUGGGUUGACCCCUACGAAGUGUCCUACAGAAUUGGAGAGGAUGGCUCCAUCUGUGUGCUGUAUGAAGCCUCACCAGCAGGAGGUAGCACUCAAAACAGCACCAACGUGCAAAUGGUAGACAGCAGAAUCAGCUGUAAGGAGGAACUUCUCUUGGGCAGAACAAGCCCUUCCAAAAACUACAAUAUGAUGACUGUAUCGGGUUAAGAUAUAGUCUAUGGAUGGAUCAUCUUAUAAUGGAUGGAUAAAUUUGAUUUUUGCUUUGGGUGGGCUCCUCUUGGGGAUGGAUUAUGGAAUUUAAACCAUGUCACAGCUGUGAAGAUCUGGCACAAGAUAGAGUGGUAAAAAAAAAUUUUUAAGUGACAGUGCCAUAGUUUGGACAGUACCUUUCAAUGAUUUAAUAGCCUGUGAGUCCAAGUAAAUGAUCACUUUAUUUGCUAGGGAGUGAAGUCCUAGGGUGGUUUCAGUUUCUCCCAGACAUACCUAAAUUUUAACAUCAAUCCCUUUAAGGAAAAUCUGUAUUUCAAAAAACCUUUCUCUGCAGUAGAUCUUGCAGAGGAAUUUGCACUAUUACACUUGAAAAUUGUUGUUGAUAACCUUUUUUGGCAGCUCAGUAGGAAAGCUUGUUUUAAACAUGGUAGUACUGGAAAUUUUACAAGACUUUUACCUAGCACUUAAAUAUGUAUAAAUGUACAUAAAGACAAACUAGUAAGCAUGACCUGGGGAAAUGGUCAGACCUUGUAUUGUGUUUUUGGCUUUGGAAGUAGCAAGUGACCAGAAUCUGCCAUGGCAACAGGCUUUUAAAAAAGACCCUUAAAAAAGACACUGUCUCAACUGUGGUGUUAACACCAGCCAGCUCUCUGUACAUUUGCUAGCUUGUAGUUUUCUAAGACUGAGUAAACUUCUUAUUUUUAGAAAGUGGAGGUCUGGUUUGUAACUUUCCUUGUACUUAAUUGGGUAAAAGUCUUUUCCACAAACCACCAUCUAUUUUGUGAACUUUGUUAGUCAUCUUUUAUUUGGUAAAUUAUGAACUGGUGUAAAUUUGUACAGUUCAUGUAUAUUGAUUGUGGCAAAGUUGUACAGAUUUCUAUAUUUUGGAUGAGAAAUUUUUCUUCUCUCUAUAAUAAAUUGUUUCUUAUCUUGGCA